AUGGCUGAACCAAACCCGCCGUCAAGAGAGCGCCAACGCCUACAGGCCCAAUUUGCAAGGGACGAACGAACGAUUUUCACGCAAAUCAGAGCGUUUUUUCGUGCUCCUGCAACGAUCGACUCUUUACUCGUCAUAAAUGUGAUGUCGAAGCUCUUUAUGCUGUCCGCCAUCACAUUCAUUUGGGCGCGGACGAGGCCGUUGGGUUCGGUUGGCCGAAAUGUUUUAGCGUUCCUUACCGUGAGCGACAUUGGUAUUACGCAGUUUUUAUGGGAAUUCAAUGAUCUCCAAUCUUGGCGACUCGCUCCUCCCCAGAAUGAUGAUGUGGCUAUUCAGACCGAGCCUGAGAGCAUUGAGAUGACAAGAGUUGUGGUACAACCAGAUGCUGUUGCACUGCCGUCUUCGGAAUUCGUGGGAGUGAGGAGUCUACGAGCUAUCGAGGCGAGAAACCGACGUCUGAGGGCUGCAGUACAAAGCGAUGGUCCUCCUGCGCUGCCUUCUUUCGAAUUCGAGAGGGCGAGACCACGACCUGUCGGGCAGAGCAAUCUACAUCCAAGGGUUGACGAGGGCACUGGCGUUAGCCAGGCAGGACCAAGAGUUUCCUUCCAGCUACCUGUGGAAACUGUGAGGUAUCUAUAUGCUAAUGCGGAUGUGGAUGUGGAAGUUGCUUCUUCACCGCCCUCUCUCGACUCUGAGACAACUCCAAAACCUCCGGAUACUGAAGUCACAGCUACAACUCAGUCACAGGCUGGAGAGGAGACGGUUUCUACUCUAGAGCCAUCUCGCAGGUCUAGCAUAGCUACAACAAUAGCGGAACCUGCAGAAGAAAGAUAUUCUACUUCAGAGCCUUCUCGACCGUCUAGCAUGGCUACGACAAUACCGGGAGCUCCAGGAGAAUGGUGUUCUACUUCGGGGCCCUCUCGGAGGUCUAGUUUAGCUACAACGAUACCAGAGGUGGCAGAGGUUGCAGAGGUAAAAGAUUCUGCUUCGGAGUCUUCCUUCGAAUCCACAGCUACAACGCUACCGGAGAUUGCAGAAGAAGAAGAUUUUGCUUCAGAGCUUUCUCUCAAGCUUGGUAAAGCUGCAACACUACCAGAGACUGAAGAAAAUAAAGAUUCUGCUUUGGAGUCUUCUCCCAAGUCCGAUAUAGCUGCAACACUACCAAAGAUUGAAGAAAAGAAAGAUUCUGCUUUGGAGAAUUCUCUCAAGUCCGAUGUAGCUGCAAUAUUACGAAAGGUUGGGGAGGGAAAAGAUCUUGCUUCGCUGUUUUCUCAGAAACUUGACACGGUCGUGACGGAACAAGAAGUUGAAGAGGAAAGUCCACGUGGAAGCAGUGUACGCAAUUUCUGGGGCAAGGUCAAAGGCUUGAGGAAGAGCAGUGGCCAGAAGCAAAAUAAUGACCAGAAUCAGGGCAACAACCGGAACAAUGGCCGUGGCUGGAACAAUGUCAAUGAUUCUGGCCAGAGUGACAGUAACCCAGACUGGGACAUUGUCAAGGAGAACCGCCACCUUUUGAAGAACGAUGCGUCCGUAGAUUCUUCUGAUGACUGA